UUCCUUGUUUCCUUUUCUUUCUUUCCCAUGCACUUUUGAUGUUUUUAUGUGAAAAAGUUCAUGCAUUCCCUCCAUUUCUCUGGGAUACUAUGCUUUUCGUUUCCCUCCGAAUUAUGCAAUUCAAUUCUCAAGAUCUCUUCUGGGUUUGACUGAAGCUGAGGUUUGUUACUAAGGACACGCAAAAGAAAAAAAAAAGAAAGAUAUUAGCUUGAAUGGUGGGUAUGGAAAUCUGAAGGGAUAGAUCGAAUAUUAGUUUUGGUUUUGGUAAAGGGAUCCACCAACAAAAAUUUGUUCUAGGGGAUUGGAGAUUUGAUGUUUUAUGCAAGGAAUUGAUUGGUGUGACUUCAGGAGGGCAAAAGUCAUAUAAAAUCUGAGGUGGGUUGUUUUCAGAAAGUGGUAUAGUUUGAGAACCUUUUUCUUAGUAGAAUUUGGGGUAUUGGGUUUUCUCUGGUAUUAUUGAUAAGUUGAUCCUUGUGGUGGAUUUUGUUUGGAAAAGGAUGGUUGGAAGCAUUGACACAUUUCAUGGUAGCAUGUACUCUAAUGGAUCAAUUCAGAAUUGUAAUGGUUUGGAAGAGAAAGUUGAUGAGCUCAGGCGGCUUCUUGGAAAGGCUGAUGGUGAUCCUUUGAGGAUUGUGAGUGUGGGGGCAGGUGCUUGGGGCAGUGUGUUUGAAGAGAUAAGUCAGUAUUGGAAGGAGAGGAUAACUGUGCCUAUCAUCAUCUCUCUGUCAAAGGGUAUAGAGGCUGCACUAAAACCUGUUCCCCAUAUAAUAACUCCAACGCAAAUGAUCAAUCGAGCAACUGGAGUGCCUACGGAGAACAUACUAUAUCUUGGGGGACCAAAUAUUGCCUCUGAGAUCUAUAACAAAGAAUAUGCUAACGCUCGAAUAUGUGGUGCUGAAAAGUGGAGGAAACCACUAGCCAAAUUUCUAAGGCAACCCCAUUUCAUUGUUUGGGAUAACAGUGACCUCGUCACUCAUGAAAUCAUGGGUGGCUUGAAAAAUGUCUAUGCCAUUGGAGCUGGAAUGGUUGCAGCCCUUACCAAUGAGAGUGCUACCAGUAAAUCAGUAUAUUUUGCACAUUGUACUUCAGAGAUGAUCUUUAUUACUCAUUUAUUGGCGGAGGAACCUGAGAAGCUUGCUGGGCCUUUGCUGGCUGAUACUUAUGUAACAUUGUUAAAAGGUCGUAAUGCAUGGUAUGGCCAAAUGUUAGCCAAGGGUGAAAUAAGCCGGGAUAUGGGUGAUAGCAUCAGUGGCAAAGGAAUGAUUCAGGGUGUCUCUGCUGUGGGAGCAUUCUAUGAACUUCUGAGCCAAUCAAGCUUAAGUGUCUUGCAUCCUGGAGAAAAGAAGCCAGUAGCACCUGUUGAGCUCUGCCCCAUCUUAAAAACUCUCUACAAAAUACUAAUAUCAAGAGAGGAGUCAUCACAGGCUAUCCUUCAAGCACUAAGGGAUGAAACGUUGAAUGAUCCCCGGGAACGGAUUGAGAUUGCACAGAGCCAUGCAUUCUACAGGCCUUCACUGCUUGGCCAGCCUUGACUUUUUUGCAGGGCAAGUUUAUUGGUAUAGAAGGACCCAAUAUGGAGCCAGUUGUUACAGAAAGAUAUGUAAUUGUUUUGUAAUGAAUUGUAAAACUUGAUAUCAAUAGUGCUUUUAUUUGUGUCUUUCUCACAUAUAGAGAAGGGAGGUUAAGAACAGGAAUUUACAAAGAAUUGCCUCCUUGUGUUCUUUUUAUAGAAUUAAAUAAAUCUUCAUCAACAUG